AUGGAGUGCGGGGUAAGGCAAGGGGGAUUGACCUCGUCCAAGCUGUUCAACCCAUAUGUGAAUGCUCUAAUCGAGGAGCUCAGCAGUAUUCAUGUCGGCUGCCAUAUUGAUGAAAUAUGUCUCAACAAUAUCAGUUAUGCUGAUGACAUGGUGCUGCUGAGUGCGUGGGCCUGUGGGCUGUCUAAGCUGCUUGGCAUAUUAUUAUGUGAAAAGUAUGCUCUAAGUCACGGUCUGGUGUAUAAUGCAAAGAAAAGUGAUUGUAUGGUGUUUCAGGCCAGGAGCAGGUGUCUGGAUAACAUUCCCUCCGUCAAACUGAAUGGUACGCCACUACGCAGAGUAGACAAGUUGAAAUAA